GCUCGUCCGUGUCUGCCCAUCAAUCGAACCUUUGCUCGUCUUUCCUCUCGUUCAGGUGAAUAUUUAAGGACAAUGGGGAUCGUCGAAAGGAUCAAGGAAAUCGAGGCGGAAAUGGCCCGCACUCAGAAAAAUAAAGCCACUGAGUAUCAUUUGGGUCAGCUCAAGGCUAAAAUAGCAAAGCUGAGGACACAACUGUUGGAGCCCCCAAAAGGUUCUAGUGGAGCUGGGGAUGGCUUUGAAGUCACAAAAUUUGGCCACGGACGUGUUGCUCUGAUUGGUUUUCCCAGUGUUGGAAAAUCAACACUUUUGACUAUGUUGACGGGAACACAUUCAGAAGCUGCGUCAUAUGAAUUCACCACACUUACCUGUAUCCCGGGUAUUAUUCACUACAAUGAUACUAAAAUACAAUUGCUUGAUCUUCCUGGAAUUAUCGAAGGUGCUUCUGAAGGAAAGGGGCGUGGUAGGCAGGUGAAUAUCUGCAACGAGGAUAAGAUCCCUAAUAGAAGCUUCUUGAUUUUUCAGGUUAUUGCAGUUGCCAAAUCAUCAGAUCUUGUCUUGAUGGUUCUUGAUGCCUCUAAAAGCGAAGGACAUAGGCAAAUCUUAACGCGGGAAUUGGAAGCUGUUGGGUUGCGUUUGAACAAAAGACCACCUCAGAUAUACUUUAAAAAGAAAAAAACUGGGGGAAUUUCAUUCAAUAGCACAUUACCAUUGACGCAUAUAGAUGAGAAGCUCUGCUACCAGAUAUUACAUGAGUACAAGAUUCACAAUGCAGAGAUUUUGUUUCGUGAAGAUGCAACAGUGGAUGACCUCAUUGAUGUAAUCGAGGGCAACCGCAAGUACAUAAAGUGUGUUUAUGUAUACAACAAAAUAGAUGUCAUCGGUAUCGAUGACGUUGACAGGUUAGCACGGCAGCCUAAUUCGAUUGUCAUAAGCUGCAACCUGAAGCUGAAUCUGGACAGAUUACUUGCCAGAAUGUGGGAUGAGAUGGGUCUUGUUAGGGUUUACACGAAGCCUCAGGGUCAGCAACCAGACUUUGAAGAACCAGUCGUUCUUUCCGCUGGUAGAGGUGGCUGCACUGUGGAGGACUUUUGUAACCACAUUCACCGGACACUUGUAAACAACGUUAAGUAUGUGUUGGUGUGGGGCACAAGCGCAAGGCACUACCCACAGCACUGUGGGCUUAGUCAUGGUCUUCAAGAUGAGGAUGUUGUUCAGAUUGUCAAGAAAAAGGAGAGAGAAGAUGGAGGUAGGGGGCGAUUUAAAUCACACUCAAAUGCACCUGCUCGAAUUUCUGACAGAGAAAAGAAAGCUCCUUUGAAGACGUAAGUGUGACAGUGCUUAACCUUGAUCACGAAGACAAAGAGAGUAGAGAAAGUUGCGUUUUUGUCGUUGGCCUUCGACUAUAUUCUGGUCAGAAAACUUACUUGUAAUAUGGAAAAAACGGUUCAAUAUUAUCAGAUGGUCUUCUCUUAUUGAAAUUUUUAGUUAUUCGUUUGUGUAUUGUGGAAGUAAUGAAACGAGAUGGGUGCAAAGAUUUUAUUGCUAUUUUGCUCCGACUGUGAUCCUUUGGAUCACUAGAGAUUCAAGUGGAAAGAUUUUGGUUCUCACUAAUAUUUGUGCUAUGAUUAGAUUUCGAAUGCAGAGGAAUACUCUCAUUUAAAAGUAAAGCCAUCACUAUUCUAGCUAGGAAAAGUAAAUAAUAUGAG